AUGCCGGAGGUGCCGGAAUACAUGUCUCUGCCAGGACCAACGGUCCGGCGCGAGACAAAUGCGAUUGUUACUACAGGGCACAGCGCCGUGAGCUUCGUUCCGACAAACGAGAUUCAGACCAGUGUAAGCACUGUGGACGACUACAUUGUCAUCGAUAUGAUUAUUCCUCCUACACAGUAUAUGGCGCCCACCUUAUCCAUGGCAAAGUUGUCGGGUCAGCUACAAACAGACCUGAUCAAUGAGCUGAACAGGCUUGGCCUGAAGGACGGGUCGCGUAUUGCAGCGGUUGCACACCCUCGCAGCAAAGAGGCCGAAGCAGAGCAGUUUUAUCGGAACACUAAUGGCGAGCUCGUCGACCCCGCCCUCGAUCCUGUCCAUCGCCCUGACGACUACCGCAGGGCAAAGCUUGGAAUUCGUAGUCUGCGUGGCGAGCCGCUCCUUACACACUUUCCCGAUCCGAACCCUGCUGUGCCGGUCAACAUUGCCGGACUUAUCUCUACGUGUCCCUGCGUUUGCUGCCGCUCGGGGUGCACAGGUGCCGAUCCGUUCACCAAGCGUCUGCCGAUUCUUCCGCGUGCACUGGCGCGCGAACCCGUCAGCCCUAACGCACAAGAAGCUCCUCUCACGCAAACUCACGAGACCGUCUUCAGCGUACGGCCUGUCAUACCAGCGCCAGCGCCGCGUACUGUGUCUAAAGAUCACACGGUAGUGACUCCAGUUCCGCAGCUGCCGGCAUUUGACAUUGAUAAGCCGCGCACAUUCCGCACCGAAGCAACACCGCAGACCAUUGUCAAAGUCCUGCGCACACCCACGAACCAAGUCUCGGCUUCUAAAUCCUACGGUGAUAUGCAAUCCCAAUUCCAAGCCACCUCGAUAUCUUAUGAGCUCCCUAGACGGCAUGCUACGCCUCCGAUCCGCUCCGAGAUGGACAGGUGGGCCGAGGAGCAAGCGCGGCAGAUCCGUUCUGUUCGCGCAGAGCGUACCACAAAGCGUGGAAAUGCGCUGCAACGUACUGAGAAGGGCACGAGUGUCUUUGCGCCGCUCCAGCUGAGCGAGAACCUGGAAGCCGCACUGGCCCUAGAUCAUGUCCCGCGCGGCCACUUGACCCCGCCGCUCUCUAGCCCCUCUUCCUUCAACUCUUCGCGCGGCGAAAAAGGUGUGGACUCUUCGCCGAACAGUUCCUUUGGCACCUCCACGCCGAUCGCCGCGCGCUACAGUCGCUCAUCGUCUAACUUGCGUCAGAAACACAAGGACAGUGCGCUGCCGCCAGUGCCCCCCGUACCCGAUACGCAAGUUUUUCCCGUGCGGAAAAUACUGAGCGGCGUGCGUGCCUCUGAACCGACCGACUACUUUCCUUGCUCACGCACCUAUGUGUGA